AUGGUUGUUCUUAAACACGCAGUGGUCUUCUUGGCCUUCCUUGCUACUUUGGCCGCCACUACUCCUGCCUCUGCUCAAUGGCAAAAGCCGGAUGCCUCGGCCGCUGGGGUCGCGCAGCACGGCAAACCCAGUGGCACUUCUGCAGGUGGUGAUAGGGGUGCCCACGAAAACGGUGGCUGGCAGGAUUCAGCAAAGCCGUCCGACGGGAAGACUGAACAUAAAAGCUCCUUCCAGAAGGACGAUGGCACCCGUAAAGCAGAUCGCCAUCAAGCCCGUGGCGAGGCUGGACAGGCUCCCCACCGAGCCUUUGGUAGUCAUAAGGGAGCUGAUGCCCCCCAGCAUAAGCCCGUGGAGGAGAAAGAAAACGACAACAACUUUAAACAACACCACGCACGCACAGCGGAUGUUUUGGGGACACUUCGGAGGAUGGCCCAGAAAGAAGAUGACCACGCUAAGCGGCCACAAGACGGUGAUCACGACGGUUAUGGUCAGCGCGGUGACGGUGAGCACGACCGUGGUAAUGAGGAGCAUGGAUCAUAUAACCCAAUGGAAAAUAGCGAACAGGGAAAGGGCAAACAACAUGAUACCAGGGCGACAACCCAAAGAGGAGUCUAUGAGUGUUCGGGCCAAAACUGGCAGCAGCCGUGUGUAUGGACGCCCUUGAAAGAAGGUCAAUGUUACAAUAGACGGUACGGACGCCUUGGCUCUAUGGGCCCCGACAAUGGCUUAUCCUGCACCAUCUACGAAGUCUCGGACUGCAACGACCAUGGCUGGAACACUUGUGGUCCAUUCGUGUGGCCGGGGAUCAAGAACUACCAGAUCAGCAAGUUGCUUCUUGAUCACGCCAUGUCUGCGGAUGGUCCAAUGAGCAUCAAGUGCAAGUUUACCUAG